UAGUAUUUGCGUUUAACCCCAGAACUCCGAAAAAAUUGCAGAAAACACCCCGUAGGGGUUUUUUUCCAUGGGAGCCGGCUCCCCUUUAUUGGUGCCGGCUCCUAGGCUUCUAGAGCCGGCUCUCCCUCAUGGAGAGCCGACUCUCUCUUCAUGGGAGCUGGCUCCCACCAUUUAGGAGCCGGCUCUCACCCCUGAGAGCCCCUCUGCCUCGUCUCUACUUCGUCCGAUGAUUUUUCUGCGUUUCCGGCGAAGUCCGACGUUCCUGUCCCAAGUAUUUUAACAUUCCUAGGGUUCAAUUUAAAUUCUUAAAGCCCUAGAAACUUCUCACCAUCCAGCAUGCAUUAAUUGACAAAAAUCUAAAACAAAAACAAAACCAUAUCCAAAAACGCCAAUCACAGUUAGCUGAACGUAUGAACAAUCUAAAGUCUGAUCACAUGUGUCAAAAUUCCAUUAUAAAGGUUAACUAACUUCCUAACCAUCCUAACAACACCUCACAUUGCAUUAUGAAUUAAUUUACAGAGGUUUAACACAUAAUCUAACAAUUUAUGCAAGAAAAGCCAUCUUCAGUUAUUAUACGGUUAACCAAAUUUCAGAUUAAACUAAUAUGCAUAAAAUUUGUUUUAAAAGUUUUAAUUAAAUUCCUGGAGUCUACUUAGAAUGCACAGAACACAAGUUUACAGGAAGGAGAGAAUGAAACUUGCCUUAAGAUUCCGGUUUGAAACCUUCAUCGCCGUUGCUAAAUUCUGCAACGAACUGUAGACUACCUGCAACUCUCCCACUGUUCCAGUUUUAUUCCACAAGCCAUCGACUCUUUCUUCCUUGAUCCCACCUUAAAUCCAUGGCUGCAAUCCUAAUUGAUUCUCUCAAUUUCCCUCUGUUUUUCCUUCUCAAGAAACCUCUCUGUUUUUCCUCUCAUAAACCCUUACGUGAAUUGAGUUUUAAUUUCCUCCCCCUAGCAGACGUAUAAGAUUUAUAUAUAUACACGUCCCAACCUUAAGUCAAAUUAUAUAACCGUAUAUUUAUAAGAUUUACGUAAAACCUAAUUUAAGUCGGUGACUACACGAAAAUAAAACCCUAAAUCUAAACCAUAAAUACAAUACACCUAAAUUAUAUAAGCUACCCAAAACUACACGUCAAUUACAUAAAUACAACACACCUAAAUUAUAUAAGCUACCAAAAACUACACGUCAAUUAAGUCACUAAUAAUCAAAACUUUAAAUUAACCAAUAAUUAAAUUAAAAACAAUUACAAUGAAUUUAAACAAACACAAUUAUCAAUUAAGCAAAAAAAACCCUUAAACACAUAACCAGAUAAAUCAUAUUUAAAUGCACAUAAAUCAACUAAUCAAUAAAUCAAUAAAAUGCACAUAAAAUAAAUAAAGAAAUUCCAGUUAUAUCCUUUUAAAAAUUAGGGGUAUUACAGUUAGGCCCUCUGGGCCGAACGUGAUAUCCCUGGCGAGACUUCCUCAAGCUAGGCCCCCCACCCCUUCUGGGCAUGCCUCCGCUUCAAGAACGGCGCCAUGGAGCCCUCGCUUCAUUCGAACAGACGGAUCGUCUGUGAAACCGACCGAGACCAUGUUCAAAGAUGGUCAGACCGCAAUGGCUUACUACAGGAGUAUGUGGACUCCCAAGGACAUCGAGGUAGCCAAAGUUCUGUCUCAGAGGGAGGUGUUCAGCCGAUUCCCCUUGUCCGCCAUGGAGACCUUGUACGGGAUGAUAGCUAUGCAGAAGCAAGUUGAGCAUGUGAAUGCCAAGGUCCGCGCGCUUUCUGAUAGCCUUAGUGCAGCGAACAAGGAGAACGAUAAUUUAGCUGCUCAGAAGACCGGGUUAAUGGUUCAACUUGGUAAAACUGAAAAGAGAGGGAUUCGCUGAGGAAGGAGACUGACUCUCUUCAGGAUGAGAGGAAUGCUCUGCAGCUUGAAAAGAGCGUCUGGCAGACCGAGCGGGAAUCCCUUAGGGCCGAGAAGGAAGAACUGCUAUGCCUUCUGAAUGUUAAGCAAUCCGCUCGGAUGGCCUUUGAGAAAAGGGCCUUGGACGAGCGCAACACUUUACUUGAUACCAUCAGCAGGGUAAAUGGUGGCAUGCUAGCUCUGCAUGCUCGGUUCUCUAGAGUUGGAGCCCUCAGAUAUGCUCAGGGGUUCCGAGAGGGUUACGCAGAUCGCGUCCCAGAUGAGGGUCAGACUGGCUCUACCCCUGAUGAUGUUGAUAAGGACCUGGAUAUCGACCCUCCUGGUAUUUAUACCGAUCUUGACUCCACCGCUGCCGAGGGCAUAUUUGAUGAAUGUCAGGAGAUUGCGUCUUCUCGGAUCACUCUUACUCCUCCUGCCGCUCUGACUUUGGACAUUCUUCCUCUGUCCACUUUGACUCCAUCUGCCGUUACUGCUGAAGAUAACCCUCAGCAGAAUGAUUCUUCCAACGCUGUUGAGGGUAGGACUCAACAGAACGAUUCUGUCAUUCACCUCGACUCUCCACCUCGUGAGGAUGGUGACACCACCAACAAUGAGGAGGUAGCCCAACAUCAUCAAGAGGCCGACGAGGCAAAUGCCUCUUAGUUAGAACUUUUUUUUUUUUUUUUUUAAAUGUACUGACUUUGGUAUAUUUGCCAUCUUUACACCUCCUUUUUUGUAACCCUCUGAACCUUAUUAAUGAGAUGGUCGACUUCUGAUCAAACUUUUUGUGUCGACUUUUUUUUUUUUUUUUUUUUUUUUUUUUUUUUUUUUUUUUUUUUUUUGAGCAAGUGUUUGGCGUUCGGCUCAUUGUGCCAACUGCCACUUACUUUGCUCAGGCGCCUGGCGUUCGGCUAGAAUGCCACUUGCCACUUGGCCCUCUAAUUUUCUUUAACAAGUGUUUGGCGUUCGGCUCAUAGUGCCAGCUGCCACUUACU